AUGUCAGACUCGGCCCCCCUCCCUCUCUCAACUGAUCAGGCCACUGCUCCUGUGUCUACGAGCGAAGUUGCCGCGAAUGGCGCUGCGCCGACCCCAGAAGCGUUGACCGCUCCCUCGGCCGACGCUCAACCCGCAGCCUCGACUUCGACCUCUACCCUGCCUCCCGGCAUGACGAAAACCGCCCUCAAACGCCAACGGAAACAGGAGGCGUUCCAGGCUAAGAAACUUGUAAAGCGGCAGCAGGAAAAAGAGCGGAAGAAGGCAAAGGCGGCAGAGAUCAAGCGGCUUGUCGCGGAGGGCGUGAUGGAAAAACCCGAGUCGAAGAAGCGGAAGAAGGCAGGCGGAGGGCCGCAUGGCGCCAGGAUUGUCAUUGAUAUGGGCUUUGACGAGCUGAUGACGGAGAAGGAGGUCAAGUCGAUGGCUUCUCAGCUCGCCUACUGCUACUCCGCCAAUCGCGCAUCGUCACGACCCUUCCCCAUCCUCGUCACCUCCUUCAACGGCAGGUUGCGAGAAGGGUACGAUAAGCGCGGCGACUUCAAGAGCUGGAAGGGCGUCGAGUGGUGGGACGACGGCGUUGAGAAGCUCUGGGAUGGUGUCAAGGAGGCUGAGCAGGCGGAGACAGCGGCAGAGACGGCCACCUCUGCGGGCGACGCGAGCUCAGCAGAAGCCCCAGUCGCUUCCACCUCCUCCGCCCCGCUCAACACCCUCGGCGUUCUCUCCGGUCAGCCCUGCACCCGCGUCCCCCGAUCAACUGUCACCUACCUGACCGGCGACUCACCCAACGUCCUCACCUCGCUCACUCCCGGCCACACCUACAUCCUCGGCGGAAUCGUCGACCGGAACCGGUACAAGAACCUCUGUCUCAACAAGGCCAACUCGCUGGGGAUCGCGCAUGCCCAGCUGCCGAUUGGCGAGUACCUGCCCGAGAUGCAGACGAGGAAGGUCCUCACCGUCAACCAGGUUUUCGAGAUCCUUGUGAACUGGGUGGAAGCGGGCGAGAAAGAUGGGAAGGAAGGGUGGGGAGAGGCGCUGAGGAAGGUCAUGCCCGAGCGGAAGUUUGAUCCGGAUGCGAGGAAGAAGCGUAGGGAGGCGAGGAGAAACGCCGGUGAGACGGUCAGCGCGAGCGAGGACGAGGCGGAGGACGAGCAGGCGAGCGGGGAGGUCUAUGUUGCGGAGGAUGAAGACGGGGACGCGCAGAUGGUUGUGGAGCAGGUGGAGGAGGCGAGGGGUGAAGCGGAAGUUGCGGAGGAGUCCAAGGAGGCCGAGGCGGUCGCCUCUAGCGUCGACGCGAAGUAG